AUGGCUGAAGAUCAAGAUCGUAUGGAUGUCGAUGAAGUUGAAGUCAAAGAACCUAGCAAAUCAACAUCAAAACCUAAAUUUGAAGUAAAGAAAUGGACUGCUGUGGCGUUUUGGUCUUGGGAUAUGCAAAUUGAAAACUGUGCCAUUUGCAGAAAUCAUUUAAUGGAACCAUGUAUUGAAUGUCAACCUAAUUCAAUGGGAACCACUAGUGAAGAAUGUAUUCCUGCUUGGGGUGUAUGUAAUCAUGCUUUCCAUUUACAUUGUAUUAAAAGAUGGUUGAAAACAAGAAAUGCAUGUCCUUUGGAUAACACUGACUGGACGUAUCAAAAGUUUGGUAAUUAA